AUGAGAAAGUGACAUAUAACAAUUAUAUAUUGUUGGUAGGACUCAAAUUCAUUUAUUCAUAUAUGAAAUUGAUUUGAUGGUGAUGUUCUACACCUACCUAAAAGGGUGUGUUUGGAGCUAUGAACUCUAGAGCUCGUCCGGUGCAUAAAAGGGAUGCAUUUCUUCAUGUAUAAUCUUUUCCCAUCCCCUCAAAUUGAAAUUCAUUAAGCUCUACCUUCACUUAUACAUUUAGUUGUAUGAGUUUUCCAAUCUAAUCUAAUCUAAUCUGUUAGUAUCAUAUUUGGUGUCACUGUUUAGCUGUGAACCGCACUUGCUGUCAAAAGAAAGAAUGAUUCGAAUCAGGGAAUCGGCACGGCCAGAACCCCUAAUUCUUCAUGAAAGGGCUCCCUCGCCCUUAUUUUAGGGAUAACUCCCAAUCAUCCUCAUUCCUCACAUUGUAACCCUAGAUGCACACUUUCUCCUCUAAAAAGCAACAAGCCUCUAUAUGUAUUGUAAAACUCGAUUAUAUAGUGAAAACAGAAACUACACUAACACUAAUGCGGACGUAACAACUUCAAAUGAAUCAUUAUAAAUUAUUGUGUUCUUGUGCGUUUAUGCAAUUCUACGAUCUAAUCUGAAUUGAUCUAACAUUUGACACCAACCCAAUUCAAACCAACCCUAGACACAAAUGAGCCCUUAGAACUCACCUAUUUGGUUGGAAGCCAAAAAUGGACAUAUGUGAUUGAGCCAUCGAGGGAGGCUAUAUACUAGUGAUAUGCAUUAUGAGUGUUAUUCUUGUUUCACCCUAAGUUUGAGUAGGUCAUCCUUAGCCCCAUAUAUUAAAAGAUUUUUGACGUGGAUUUGCAGGACUUUCCAAAAUUUUAGCCAUACUAGGUGGAUACACAAGGGUUCUAAAAGCUUAAUUAUAUAACUUUCGCUCUAUUUUUCUUCUUCAUUUAAAUGAUUUCUUACUCAUUUGGAAAUAAAACAAUAUUCCUAAAUGGCUAGAUAAUGCAAACAAAAUAGAUGAACACAAAGAGUUGGAAAAUGAUGUGCAAAUUAAUCCUUAUAAUAUAUAUAUAGAUACAAGACCACGAAUUUCCGACGUGUAAUUUUGUAUCCUAAACAAUUUUGGUAAGUGUUCACACUGCACUUGGAGCAUAUUUAUAGUAUAAAUACAUGAUCACCAUUCUUACGUGCUAAUUAAGCAAAUACUAAGAACAAAAUGGAUGCCUUAAUGACUUCUCCUAAGCUGCUCUUCUCCCUCCUUGUUCUUACUCUUUUGCUGUCCAUUUCUCCUCCGUCUUGCGCUUCUGUUGAAGAUGGUCAUAGCAUUGAUUCCGUCGCCCCGCCUUCGUUUCCUCUGGAGCCCCAAGUAGCUGAUCAUCAUCAGAAAGUUGACCUGACUAUUUAUUAUGGCACUCUAUGCUCAACCUGUGCUUCCUUCAUCGAGCAACUGUUACCCCUAUUGAUUUCGGACGAGGAUCUCAUGGCCAUUAUCAACCUCCGGCUAGUGCCCUCUGGAAAUGUCCGUGUCGAAGGACCUAAUGACACCGUCGUUUGCGAGCAUGGCCAAGAUGAAUGUUACUUGAAUAGUAUACAAGCCUGUGCGAUCAGCGUCUGGCCAAAUGUGAAGCAGCAUUUACCCUUCAUUUCCUGCGUUGAAUACCUUGCCGUCAAAGAACAUCGAUUGAAAGAAGAUGUAUGGAAAUAUUGUUGUCAGAUUCACAAUUUGAGCCACGAACCUCUACUGACAUGCUACAAUAGUGGAUAUGAGAGAAAGCUCAUGCUACAUUAUAUUUUGGAAACCUACAGUCUCAAUCCGCCUCUUACAUGUGUCCCAUGGGUUGUUGUCAAUCAAAAACCACUCUAUAAUGACUACCAAAACUUUGAGAGGUACGUCUGUGAGGCUUACCGAGGCUAUCCUAAACCACAGACUUGCAGCCGAUUCAUUGCUCCUCCCUGGCUUCUCAGCUGGAGCAGCUCAGCUGAAACAACAAACUUUGCAAUAAGAAGCUAUGUUCUGCAUCUCCUAUUGCUGUGUGCAGCAUUAUUGCUGGUCAACUAGCUCUAGACUAUUGAAAUAAUAAUUUACUAAUUAGUAGCGUACAUAAUUAAUUACUUGUGUAGUGUUCUAAUUUAAGUAUUGGUGAUGUAGUUUUGGCUCAUUAACUUUGAACAUAAACUUAAUUGGAGAGGAAAUUCACCACUAAUUCCACCUCCAAUUUUUAUCAUUCUACAUGAAGUUCAAACAGCUGAUUGGAAAGAACCCAUGGAAACGUACGUUAAAAGUUGUACCACAGUUGAAAAGGUUACAAUCCUCAAGUAAAAUAAUGAAAUAUUAAUCAGCAAAGUUAGAGGUCACUGAAACCAAAUCCUCUCCGUACAGGAAGAGAAAGUACCAACGCAAGCCAACUGAUGUGCAACUCCAUUCACAUGCCACCGAACUAUAGACAGCAAAAUUGUUGAAAUUUUGCACUAUAUAAUCCUCGAUCAAAUCUCCAUGCACCGAUGAAAUAGUUGGAUCCUCUGCAUGGCAGCCACAACAAGCUGAGAAUGCCCUUGGAACUGAACCUGUGUGCAACUAAAGACAGAGCAAACUGAAAGCAACGCCGACCAAGAACAUGCCACCGCUGCCAUAAAAGAGCUUGUACAAUCCCUAACCACCACACCAGAUCCACCAUUGUUCCAGAAAGCUUUCGUUGCAAAGGAAGUGGGUGUCAAGUGACGAUACCCUUGUAGAGGAGUGAGUGAUGAACUUGCAUAUGUUGAUGUAGCCAAAUACCAUCUUUGUCCAAGUGCACCAUGUUGAAUAAGAAGAGUAUCCAAGAUAACUCUAAUGAUCCCAAGAAGAAGAAAAUAGAACACACUCUUAAAGAAAGCUCACAAAACAAACUAGUUAGCAAAGCUUUUCUUAUUUAGCUCUAGGCU